AAACUACUAGUACCCACUAUAAACAGCGAGCACGUUAAAUGCGACUAUAUUCCACCUCCGUUGGACAUAAUACCCCGCUCCUGGCUCGUCUUCAGCUUUCCCCGUCCAUGAAGACAUAAAGACAGCAACCACUCACACCAUUCACUCCCCUGCGAAAGCAUCCACACAAUGUCCGUCAGCGACCUCCUCGUCGACACCUGCAUCAUCGGCGGCGGCGCAGCAGGCGCCUACGCCGCCUACCGCCUGCACCAACUCAACCACACCGUCGCCAUCGUAGAGCGCGGCUCUCAUCUCGGCGGCCACACCGUGACCUACCGCGACCCGAUCAUCACCAACAACCAGCCCAUCGACUACGGGGUCACCUGGCUCCAGAACCUGCCCGUCAUCCGAGACGCCUUCGCCCACUACAACAUCCCCCUAGUCAAAGAGAAAAUCGACUAUGCGAUCGACAUGUUCAACUUCGCCACGGGGGAGUCCGUCACUCCGAUCCCCGCCAACGAGAUCAUCGCCGCACUCGACCGCUACGAAACCCUCCUCGCCCAGCACCCAUACCUCGAAACCGGGUUCGAAGACCUCCCAGACCCCGUGCCGGAGGAUCUGGUCGCGCCCUUCCAAGAAUUCAUGGACAAGUACCAUCUAGACGGGCUUCUCAACACCUUCAGCUCGUGGCUCAGCGGCCUCGGCGAGUGGCCGGACUACCCGACGCUGUAUGUUAUGAAGUACUUGGGGACAGACUACCUGGCCGGCCGACUUCGACUGGGGUGGGUGCGGCCGCAAAGCCACGACGCGAGCGAGAUCUACCGGGCGAUGGAGCAGGAGUUGCGAGGGGCUCAUCAAACGUUGCUGUUUAACAGUAGCGUAGUGAGGGUAGAUGCUCGAGACUCUGCUGCUGAUCGCAUGGUGGUGGAUGUGGCCACGGUGGACGAGACACGAAGGCAGAGCAUAUUCACAUGCCGUCGGCGCAUCCGUGCAAAGACCCUCCUCUUCGCUGCGCCUCCCUUGCCGGAUAACCUCGAAGUGCUGGGCCUGGAUGAACCAGAGCGGUCGCUAUUCCGUCAAUUCAAGGACCCGUGGUUCUACACGGCGCUAAUCCGGGUAGACGGGUUUCCUAACGACACCUUCCUAGAGAACCACGGCAAGAACCACCCCUUUCAUCGCCCGCGUCUUCCGGCUGUGUUGGCGUUUCGGCCGACGGAUGUGUCUGGAAUUGUCAGGGUCACGGUGGGGAGUACAUCGCGGGGGCUGUCGGAGGCGGAGGUGGAGGAGUGUAUCCGCGCCGGGGUGGACAGCGUGCGGCGCAGGCUGGGCGGCGGCAACGUCUCGGACUCGGAGAUCCUGGUGGUGCGCGAUCACUCGCCUUAUACGUUGACGGUCUCGGGAGCGGCAGUCGCGGCGGGGUUCUAUCGGCAGCUGAGUGCGUUGCAGGGCCACCGGCGGACCUACUACACGGGCGCGACGUGGGAUACGCAUCAUAUGCCUCAGGUGUGGAUGGUUACCGAUCAGGUCCUGCAGAGGCAUCUACUUCCCGGGCUGCGGGGGGUGAGGGGUUGA